CGCCCGACAUGACACAUGAGAGACGAGCUUGAAAUUGUAAAUUGCACCCGUGGUGAGCCAUGACGUCGGAAAACAUCGUGCACGCAGCGAAGAAAUGAGAUGCGUAUCGCGUCGUGACGUCUCGGGUGACUUCGCGCUCGACUCGAACAACACUCGAGGUUAACUCCCGACCGGGAGGACACCCGCGUCUCGCGCAUCCAAAUGAUCACGACACCGCGUUAUAACCUACGCCGUGUAUGCGAUCCUCACAUCAGCUGAUGAGUUGGACGUAACUGCGCGCACGACGGCCGGAUUUUUUUAAACCCGCUUCGCACCCGCGGCUUCAGGAGGGAGACGUCGCGAUGGCAGACCUCGCCUUGGGGGAGCUCAGCGGCGACCAAACCGAGAAAGUACUGCAGUUUCAGGACCUCACCGGCAUCGAAGACCUCUCGGUAUGCAGGGACGUUUUGCAGAGGCACAACUGGAACCUGGAAGUAGCGGUUCAGGAGCAAUUGAACCUGUACGAGGGCAGACCAUCCAUGUAUGCGCAGGACUCGCGCGCCCGCCCGCCGCAGGUUGUGGAUGACAGUAGUUCCAGAAUUUAUUUUAGUUACCCAGGAAGCUCCGGUGGCGGCGGCGGUCUCUUAUCCUACAUUUUUUCCAUGUGUUACAAUCUAGUGAGCAGUAUCCUACAGCUGCUUUUCGCAAUAUUUAAGAGAAACGUCAGACCUGUGUCCUCCGAUCCAGUGGAAGAUGUAGUCAACUUUAUUAGAACUUACGAGGAGCGUUACGGUAACACUCACCCAGUAUUUUACCAGGGCUCCUACAGCCAAGCCCUGUCGGACGCGAAACAGGAAUUAAGAUUUCUGUUGGUAUAUUUGCAUAAGGAUGAGACUCAGGAAGUUGACCAAUGGUGCAGAAACAUAUUGUGUGAUCCAGAAGUGAUAAGAUAUAUAAACAUCCAUACUUUGUUCUGGGCAUGUAACGUAAAAUCCGGAGAGGGUUACAAAGUCGCGGAAGCACUCAAAUUGGGAUCAUACCCCUUCCUAGCGCUGAUCGUGCUGAAGGACAAUAGAAUGACAAUAGUCGGUCGAUUGGAAGGCGCACCAUCUUCCGCCGAUUUAAUGUCGCGACUGCAAACGAUCAUAGAACGUAAUGAAAUUAAUCUGAUCCAAGCACGUCGAGAAAGAGCAGAACGUAGCGCGGCGCAGUCGCUUCGGCAACAACAGGAUCGCGCUUACGAGGAAUCGUUACGUGCGGAUCAGGAGAAAGAUCGUAAAAGAGAAGAGGAAAGAAGAGCGCGCGAGGAGCAAGAGGCCCGAGAGAAGGAAGAGUUGAACGCUCAAGAAAUGGAGAUUCAACGUAUACGCCUCGAGAAGGAACUGACCAUUAGUAAAGUGCCUCUCGAGCCAGAACCGUCUAAUCCCAACGCGUGUCAUCUUCAGAUUAAGCUUGGAGAAAGAACGAUGAAGAGAAGAUUCCUCAUGUCUGAUACGGUCGAGGACGUUUAUCACUGGAUUUUCAGCCAACCAGAUUCACCAGCAAGUUUCGAGAUAACAACGAGCUAUCCCAGAAGAAUCCUCUAUCCUUGUCGGGACAUCUUGACUCUAUCGAAUGCCGGUUUAACCCAUAGAGAGGUCCUUCACGUUAAUGAUCUAGACGACUAAGCGCGAUCAUUUCGAUAUGACAUUCUUCAAGUUUUAGUAUCAUUCCAUGGGAAAAAUGAUACUGCUAUGUGAAAGACACUUGUCAAGAGACACAAGUUCAUGCAGCAUAUUUACACAAAAAUGUAUACACACACCCACCCACACACACCUACACACAUAAACACAUACACUUGCGUAUAUAAUAUAUAUAUACAUAUAUAUAUUUGAUACAUUCUAGUACUUUAUGUGAGGUAUACUUUAUUGGAUGAAAACUAUGAUUACACGAAAUAUACCAAAAGAUAGGAAUCAAGAAAAGGGGGAAAAAGGUGUGUCUAUGCAUGCAGCUUAUUUAAAUUAACAAUCGGUACGUCGACCAUCGCAUUUACUGAAAAAUGCAUUUCAUAUAGAAAAAAAAACAGUAGAUAGGAAUAUACAUAUAUUAAAAUUCUUUUGUGUAAGAAAAUGAUCUCGUAAGAAAAAUUGUACAAACUAUUUCUUUUAUAUCUCUUCCGACACCAAUUCUAAAUUGUGUCAGUAUUAAAAGAGCGAUGAUACGUA